AUGGACAAGAUGGUAAAUAAAGCUGUGCAACUUUGUUGUCGGAGGCUAAAAAGGAAACAUCUAUUGUUUCCACCAAAUUUUUGGCGGCCGAUUCAAACGAAAGGUUUCUCCAAGCAGUCAGAUGCCCACUCAAUACUGUCUCAGCUGACAAUCAUCCAGUCUUCCAACAACAUUUGUAACAACUGCCUUGCAGGAAGACUGGGUCUACCAACAUUACAUAAUAUAAAACAGCUGUCAAAUGUACUUCACAAGCAGCUCAAGGUGUUGACUUCGAUUUUGAUGAAAUCAAAUUGGUUACAAGGGGAAUGCAUCAGACAGUUCAUUGAGAAAG